AUGGGUGACAAAGCAGCAGAUAACUACUCAGAUGUAACUGACUUCAUUCUUGUAGGCUUCAGGGUGCGUCCAGAAUUCCACAUUCUCCUCUUCCUACUCUUCCUGCUGGUCUAUGGCAUGGUCCUUUUGGGAAACAUUAGUAUGAUGGUAAUCAUUGUGACUGAUUCUCAGCUGAAUACACCAAUGUAUUUCUUUCUAGGCAAUCUCUCCUUCAUUGACCUCUCCUACUCCACUGUUAUUGCACCUAAAGCCAUGAUGAAUUUCCUAUCAGAGAAAAAGACUGUCUCCUUUGUAGGUUGUGUUGCCCAAUUCUUCUUCUUUGCCUUUUUCAUUGUAACAGAGGGCUUUGUCCUGGCAGCCAUGGCCUACGACCGCUUCAUUGCCAUCUGCAAUCCUCUUCUUUAUAGUGUCCAUAUGUCAAGACGCCUCUGCACACAGCUGGUGGCUGGUUCCUAUUUCUGUGGCUGGGUCAGUUCUCUAGUCCAGGUCAGCGUCACAUUCUCGGUGUCUUUCUGUGCUUCUCGGGUCAUUGAUCAUUUCUACUGCGAUUCUUACCAAAUUGAGAAGAUUUCCUGCUCUAAUCUCUUUGUCAAUAAGAUGGUGUCUCUCAGUUUGGCUGCCUUCAUUAUUUUGCCCACAAUAGUUGUUAUUGUAGUAUCUUACAUGUAUAUUGUGUCCACAGUCUUGAAGAUCCCCUCCAUGGAAGGGAGGAAAAAAGCCUUCUCCACUUGCACCUCUCACCUGGGGGUCGUGAGUGUGCUGUAUGGGACUGUCUCCUUUGUGUAUCUCACACCUCCAAGCAAUCCUGAACUUCGAAAAGUGGCUUCAGUAUUCUACGUAUUGGUCACACCCAUGUUAAACCCUCUGAUCUAUUCUCUAAGGAAUAAGGAUGUCAAACAAGCUUUGAAGAAAAUCCGAUGGGGCAAAAAAACUUUAUUCUAA